AGGAAUCGUAUUGGAUUUAAGUGAUUUGGAAGAUAAGUAAAUGGAUGAAACAUCUGUCAGAAGUGAAAAUGAUUCUGUACUGGAAUAUUAUCCGAAACUAGAACUUAUUGAUCGCAAAUUGAUCAAGCAAUUAGUCGAGGAUACUGUUGAUUGGGCACAUGCGCAUGGUAUGGUGAUGAAGACAGAAACAGCUGCUGAUCGUGGUGAUAUAUGUCAAAUAGCUCCCUGUACCCUCUUCCCCUCACCGUUUCCUUACAGCUUAUUUCAGGAAGCUAUGGAUAUUCAACAGGCAUUCAGUUUGCUCUAUUUUCGAAUAUCUUGGGACUUCGACUUCUUGAUCAAAUCACAUGCUGAAGUGGUGAAAACUGAUGAUUUUACAAAGCAUUUUGUGGAAAUACUAAAUGCAGUGCGCACCUCAGACUUUUGUCAAAGGAAGACGUUGAUGAUACAGAGAAAUGAUUAUAUGUGUCACGAAGAUAAUUAUGGAAAUCGUUCGCUAAAACAGAUUGAAGUGAACAAUAUAGCCGCAAGCAUGGGCUCACUUGCCGAACGUGCUACUUGCGUGCAUAGAAGAACAUUGGAAACGUUGCAGCUUCCUAAUAAAAUUAUUGAAAAGGCUAUUCUGAAUAAUCACCCGACAGUUACAGUUGCAAAAGGGAUCUGCGAAGCAUGGUAUGAUUACGGGGUACCAGAAGCAAUCAUAUUAUUUGUGGUUGAAGAUGCUAAUCAAAAUCAAAUUGAUCAAAGGCAUGUGGAGUACUGCAUUGAUGAACUCAGCAGUAGAAGUAUAAGAUGCUUACGGAUCACAUUAACUGACGGUGCAAAAAGAUUGAAAGUCAAUGAAACUAAUCAUUAUCUCGUGUUGGAUAACAUGUUGCGUGUAGCAGUUGUAUAUUUUCGAGCUGGUUACUCACCAAAUAAUUAUCCGACGGAAGCAGAGUGGACCGCUCGUCGUAUUAUCGAAUUAUCCGAUGCAGUGAAAUGUCCCUGGAUUGGUCUACAGUUGGCAAAUACCAAAAAAAUACAACAGGUUUUAUCCGAAAAUGGUGUUCUAGAGAGGUACAUUACUGAUGGUAGAAUGAGUACGAGAAUUCGGAAAACAUUUGCUGGUAUGUGGGGACUGGAAAAUGAUGAUGACAGAACACAAAAGAUAAUUCAGGAUGCAGUUACACAUCCGGAAAAGUUCGUCUUGAAACCUCAGCUGGAAGGUGGAGGUGGUAAUUAUUAUGGGAAGGAAGUUGCAGAAAAAUUAAAAACAAUGAGUAGGGAUGAAAUGGCGGCAUAUAUAAUUAUGGAACGUAUCACUCCGAUGGUUGUUAAGAAUUACGUGAUUCGACCACGGCAGGAACCGGUUCUAAUGGAUGUAGUAGGAGAAUUAGGAAUUUAUGCUUAUCUUUACGGGUCACCUGCUGUUGAUUACAUCCCAGCUGAGAAUGUCAUAACAAACUACGUUAGUGGACAUAUCAUCCGGAGCAAGGAUAAAAAUGUCGACAAAGGAGGAGUAGCUAUUGGUGCCGCAGUCAUCGAUUCGCCUUAUUUGUUUUGAAAGAUGUACAAGUGUUACAGCACGUAUGUUAAGCUUUUGAUUUUAUCAAGCACCAUCGGAUACCGGUUAUCAAUCACUAUCUUCUGAAUCAAAGGCGGUGGCCAAAACAUUUUUUCGACUUAGCUUGUUCAAGUAGAGGUAGUUUUUCCAUUCUUUUGCACGUGUUUAUGAAUUUGGCAAAAACAUAAAAAGUCAAAGAAGCUGGGAUUCUGGAAAGC